CUCAAUGUGAUUGGCCAGCCUUUGUAAGAGUACAUGUGUAUCUCAAUAAAAGGUAAGGCAGGUAGAAGGGAACAGCCACCACUGACUCUGAACUAGAUAAAAAAGAACGUCUGACUUUUCCAGUUUAAAAACUUGUUUUCUGAAGGAAGGAGGACAGAUUGAAGUGAACAGACAACGCAGACACUGACCUUGACAGAAAGAAUAUUGGACACUACCUAUUUAAAAGUGUACUGUUUAAACAGUAUUUUAGUUGUGCAAGUCUGCAUAUCAUAAGGAACACCUGGUUUUCAGGUAUAUUAUCUCAGCAAAGAAGCUAGAACUGUAGCAUGAAGACAAUGGAAGACUUAGCAUUCUCCGCAGAAAACAUUCAGCGUAUUGCCAUGGUAGAAAAUUGUUUUGGAGUCUCUGGAAAACGUUUGGCAAAAGAAGGACGGAUAUUAGUGGGAGAAGGAGUCCUGAAGAAGGAAUGCAGAAAAAAGGUGAAGCUUAGAGUAUUCUUCCUGUUCAGUGAUAUCCUGGUAUAUGGGAAUAUUGUAGUAAUGAAUAAAAAGUACAACAAUCAGCACAUCAUUCCACUAGAAGGCCUCCACAUUGAGUCCCUAGAAGAUCAGAAUGAAAUGCAAAAUCGAUGGAUGAUUAAGAGUGAAAGAAAAUCCUUUGUAGUUUCUACUCCUACCCCAUUCCAGAAGAAUGAAUGGAUGCAACACAUUGAAUAUUGCAUAAAGCAUCUGAUGAUAAAACCUGGCAAUACACUGACAAAAGAGCAUGCUGCUCCCUGGAUACCAGAUCAUGCCACAGACAUCUGCAUGCGCUGUACCAGCACCAAAUUUAACUUCAUAGAAAGACGGCACCACUGCAGAUACUGUGGCUAUGUGGUAUGUGGACAAUGCAGUAAGCAAAACUUUUUAUUCCCUAAUAUGUCCAAAAAGCCACAGAGAAUAUGUCUCUUGUGUUAUAAAUUGUUGUCAGCAGAUGAGAGGAAACAGACUUUAGAGAGGAUCACACCAAUGAAAGAGACUGUUCACCAUGAUGUUUAUAAUGAACAUUCUUCUGGUGAUGAAGAUAGCAUUAAAGGUAAUGAGGAUGACCUGUUUAAAGAUUGGCAAUCAAAUGAAGACAUUAACUUGUCAGUUGUGCUUCAGUCAUCCUUCCAUAAUAAAAACUGCCAAUUUUAACAAUCUGAGCCUUUCAGACAUUAACUUUGUAUUCUAGGAAUAUUUUACUGCAUAGUCCCAUGUUUGCAAUAAUGCAUAUGUCAAUAUUCAAAACUUUUUUUUCUUGCCUUAUGAAUCCAGUGUCUGUUUUAACAUAAGAUGUCUCAUACAUAUUCAGUGUGUAUGUUCUACAGUGAUACCUCUAUGUAUUCCACGUGAACCAGUUUGAGUAAAUAAAAUAUAUAAUUAAUUAUAA